AUGGAGUGUCGGCAGCGCCCCUGCUGGAAAGAUGCUCCGUGUUUGGUUCCAGAAACGCCUGAAAUAAAGAAACCAAUAACAGCCCAGGAACGUCAGCGGGAACGUGAAGAGAAGAGGAGGCGACGUCAAGAGCGUGUUCGGGAGAAAGAGAAGAAGCAGAAGGAGAAGGAACGUCGUGACAUAAGGAAAGCGGAAGGAUUUGGAGGGCUGGUUCUGAGUGAAAAUGAUAAGAACCUUCUGGAGCGCUGGAACCGGAUGAUUGACCAGAACCAUCCGCCACCUCCACCUCCCAUCUGCCAAAAUGCCCCAGUACCAAAUCCAGCAGUGAUGUGCCCGGUCGCCCAGCCUCUUCCACCACAGACGGUCUUUGCUGUGACUAACAUUAAUCCAGUCCCUGAGGUCAGAAACCAGCAGAAUGGCAGCGUCACAAAUCCGUCCGUUGCGCCCAACAUCCAGUUCAUUCCCCGCUGCUUAAAUCCCUGCCCUGUAUCUAACCUACUCCGGUAUGUGCCCCCGGCCCCUACAGCCUUCCAGAUCGGCCCGGUGGUGUUGGCGCCUCAUGUGAAGCCAGUGACUACUCCUGCUGCUCCACAACUUCCUGCAGAUGUGAAGUUUAUUGCUGGAGGACAAGUCUUACCCGGUCCUUUCCCUGCUCCUGCCCUGCUCAACCCAACGUGGAACAGAGGAGGGCAUGAAGAUGGCAGCUGGCCUGCGUCCAAUACCAGAGACAGGAAAAGCAGCUCCGUCACUGUGGAUCCUGCAUUGUUCCUGCGCAACUCUUCUGACCUGGAGCAUCCCCCGCAGCAGGUUUCUGGAAUGUCCUACCCUGGAGGAGCGGUGGUGGAUCGUCACAUCCAGGAGAACAAGUCCCAGGAGUUGCCACCUCUUCCAGCCGUCACCUUCAACACCACAGACGCCAACACUGUUUCUCCAGAUAUCAACCUGGUGACGCAGCAGCUGUCGAGGUCUCAGGUGGAGGAUGUGUUGCCCCCCGUUUUUUUCUGUCACCCCCAAAGGAAGCGGCGCUGGAUAUGGGGUGGGCUUCGACCUGGAGGAAUUUUUGAACCAGUCCUUUGAGAUGGCUCCAGAAAACCGUGAGAGCCUGGUGGACUCCACUCCUCUGUCGGCAUCGCUCCUGGCCGACUGGCUGGAUGUUCAUCGCAUGAACCCCGCAGACCUGGCCAUUCUUCAGGAGGACCUACAGCUGGGAUCUCCCAUGAGCCUGUCCGACAUUCCCGACCUCCAGGACGGCUGAGGAAUCGGGCGGAGGUCUUCACCGGAGCCUUUACAUUGUGACAAAGGGCAGCAUUCAUAUACGGAGGUGCCCUGCAUGAGCGGAGACCGCGCAGGAGAGGAGCAGCGGGUGCCCCCAGGACGGUUCAUCAGGUGAUAGGAAUACAUGACGUCUAUGGAGGCCACGGCCGAGACCUCAGAAGUAUGAUGAUGAUGGAAUAGUGGCUGGUUCUUCCAGUGCCAUAAAUGAAGCCGCCCUCCACGAUCGGCUCUUCACAGCGGUUCUGGGAGUCCUGCAUUAUCCACCGACGCUGGGGACUGCGCACAGUGAGCUCUGCAUUAUCCACCGACGCUGGGGACUGCGCACAGUGAGCUCUGCAUUAUCCACCGCCGCUGGGGACUGCGCACAGUGGGCUCUGCAUUAUCCACCGCCGCUGGGGACUGCGCACAGCGGGCUCUGCAUUAUCCACCGACGCUGGGGACUGCGCACAGCGGGCUCUGCAUUAUCCACCGACGCUGGGGACUGCGCACAGCGGGCUCUGCAUUAUCCACCGACGCUGGGGACUGCGCACGGUGAGCUCUGCAUUAUCCACCGACGCUGGGGACUGCGCACAGUGAGCUCUGCAUUAUCCACCGACGCUGGGGACUGCGCACAGUGGGCUCUGCAUUAUCCAUGGACAUCGGGGACUGCGCACAGCGGGCUCUGCAUUAUCCACCGACGCUGGGGACUGCGCACAGUGAGCUCUGCAUUAUCCACCGACGCUGUGGACUGUGUACAGUGAGCUCUGCAUUAUCCACCGACGCUGGGGACUGCGCACAGUGAGCUCUGCAUUAUCCACCGACGCUGGGGACUGCGCACAGUGAGCUCUGCAUUAUCCACCGACGCUGGGGACUGCGCACAGUGAGCUCUGCAUUAUCCACCGACGCUGGGGACUGCGCACAGUGAGCUCUGCAUUAUCCACCGACGCUGGGGACUGCGCACAGUGAGCUCUGCAUUAUCCACCGACGCUGGGGACUGCGCACAGUGGGCUCUGCAUUAUCCACCGCCGCUGCGGACUGCGCACAGUGGGCUCUGCAUUAUCCACCGACGCUGGGGACUGCGCACAGUGGGCUCUGCAUUAUCCACCGACGCUGGGGACUGUGCACAGUGGGCUCUGCAUUAUCCACUGACUCUGGGGACUGCGCACAGUGAGCACUGCAUUAUCCACCGACGCUGGGGACUGCGCACAGUGAGCUCUGCAUUAUCCACCGCCGCUGGGGACUGCGCACAGUGGGCUCUGCAUUAUCCUCCGCCUUGUACCAGGGCAUGUGCCCACACUGACCCGACUAUCACGUGGUGCUGCGGACCUUUUCCAGUCCAUGCGG